AUUUUUGAUAACAUCGUAAACAAACCAAAUCCCUGUAAAAAAAAACUUGCAACUAAUAUCCAAUCCAAAUGGCUUGAACUUUACAAGAAAUAAUCAUGAAAUACGCGAAAAUCGUCCUAACCUUACUAUUAUGUUCUUCGACGUACAUAGGAGACUAUAUAGUGUUCAAAUCGAAGUUUUCUUCUUCACAAGUCUUUAGGGCAUUUUCGGACAGUGCUGUUCAUGCUACUAUAGGAUUCCUGUCUUCAUUGGUGUUCUUUAGCCAUGAGACUAGUGUCACGGGCCACGCGAAGCUGAUUAACGUUAUAUUUUGUACGUUUGUAUCUAGUUUUAUAGACAUAGAUCAUGUGAUGGUGGCCCGAUCUUUACAUUGGAAGGAUCUCACCACCCUCAAGCAGCGAGGCGUAUUCCACUGCACCACCUUCUGGCUACUCAUCACAAUACCUCUCCUAAUCUACAGCCAUAUAUAUAAAAAACUAAACAUAUACAUCUUAUCCUGGAUGCUCACGCUAGCUUACACAAGCCACCACAUACGAGACGCCAACCGGAGAGGACUAUGGCUGUAUCCGUUCGGACAUACGUCUCCGCUGACUAAGUAUAUGUAUGUUUGUUUAACGGUGGUGUUGCCGCAUCUAUUUGGGUUGCUGAGUAGGCAUUGGAGGCCUAUGUUACUGAAGGAUACUACUGUGGAAUAUAUGCUGGUGUAAAACUUACAUAUAACCAAAUGAUAGUAAGAUAUUUAUUUUCCACCAAAAAAAAUGUCAGGGGCGACCAACUAGUUGCAAGAUAAUACUUAUGUGUGAUAAACUCAACAAAGAGUUAGAUGUAGAUGUAGUUAAUCGCUUUACAAAUCUGUAGACCCCCUAGUUAAGAAUCACUGUUCUGGAGCUACUCGCAGGUAUUUAAGUAGUAGGUAUCUUCAUUUACAAGGAAGUUGUAAAAAAAAAUGCGUAAAGGAAGUCGCACUAGAAAAAUAGAUAUAUUAAACGUCACAAAUAAAAUCACAAUAUAUUAAGCGUAAUUCAGUCAAGAUGUAGUGCAUAAUUAUUUUCCAUCGUAU